ACUGUCGUGUGAGUUAUUUUUUUUUAUUAUUUAUUUAUUUAUUUCUGCAUGUCAUGACAAUGAAUAGAUUGCAAAGCUCAGUCCCGUGUACUCAGAAUUGUGUAUCACAUGAUCUGCAUAUCAGCUGCGAUCGCGAGUCAGAAGUGAAGAGCAACUGGCAAUAAAAUCAGGAAAAAGUCGUCAAAAUAUCCCAUUGUGAAUGAUAAAGGAAUGUAACAUGGAUCCAAGCUAUCGUCAGGGUUUUUAUCCGUCUGGUGAGAGAGACAAGGAUCAACGUCAUCCCCCCAACACUCUCCAUCAUCCCCAGUUACAGCAGCAACACCUACAACACUACCAGAUCCCAUUCCACAUCUCACCACAGCAACCCCCGUUCAUGGUUGACCAGGUAGAGCCGUUGAGGAAUAGGGAAGAGUUUGGAAAUGGCCAGGUUAUGCUCCGUUCCAUUUAUACUGGAUCUGUACAUCCAAAUGCCAACACAAGUCUUCAAGCCUCCAGUGACCAUCCUGUUAAUUAUUCUCCGGGCCUUCAACAUGUCACUUUACUCCAACCUACCACCCAAUCAUCAGGCUUCCCAUCCUCUACCUCUCCUACCACCUGUCAGGCUGGUAUCUUCACCCCUCCACCAGUUAUCACCAGUGACCACACCCCUGUGAUUACCCCUCUCGAUCCUGCAGCCAGCAGUGGAAUCAUCAGCAAAGAGCAACCCGACGCUCCAAACUCUCUCACUUCUGCUCAUCUCCGUCUUCAGUCAAUCACUGCGCCUACCUCAACCUUUCCCUCCACCAUCUCCUCCAUCCGUCAGACCGUUCUAUCCCAUCCGACCAUCGUCCCACCAAACACUACCUCACAAUCCAGAACACCAAACAUCCUCACACCAUCAUCCGCUUUGCAGAAGAAUUUGUUUGUAUCACAAAGUGUCUUUAACUCGAGAGGACGGAAGUCGAGAGAGAAGUCCAAAGGGGAGGAGAAGACGCCAGGAGCAGAUUUGCCAGAUUUCUUACAUUUUAAGUUUGAUUCAGAUGACAAGGAGAAUAUCAGGGGUGUGAUCGCAACUGGAUUGGUAGAGAAGGGGACAAUGUUCGGUCCAUAUGAAGGCAAUCUGCUGGAUGAGGAUAGUGGAGCUCCUAAGGAAUCUACUUGGGAGCUUUGCUUACGAGGCAAGGUCUUUCUGUACAUCGAUGGCAAAGGCAAGGGUCGUUCACACAUGAUGUCCUAUGUCCAGUGCGCCCGGAAUGAAUCUGAACAGAACCUGGAGGCCAUCCAGUCGUUUGGUGACGUCUACUUCCGAGCAAUGAAGACGAUUGAGCCGGGAGACGAGCUCAAGGUGUUCUAUAGUGAGGUGUACAGUGACCUUGUAGGAUUUCAAAUGAAAUUGGAUGAUCUUAUCUAUCAUGAAGAUGAUAAUGAAUUUGAAUGCAAGCAAUGCAGCACUAGGCUCCCAUCUGCCAAGAGAAUGCUAAGACACGUCAAGUUUGAUCAUGAGACUGAUUCCUCAAAGGAGCUAUGUCCCAUUGUAACGUGGAUGGUAAAAGCCAAGACUGACGUUGAGAACAUUAGUCCAAGUUCUGAACAAGCUAAUGAGAAAGAAGACAGCACUGAACCAAGCAAGCACUACACCUGCACUGUCUGUGGUAAGAACUUUCCAACUGAGGGAAGGCUGGAGGCUCAUGCCAUGUUCCACGAGUUCACCGAAGACCACACCUGUCCAGUAUGCGGAGAGAGACAGAGGAAUACAUUCAUGCUGACAAAACACAUGGCAAGGCACGUCAUUAGGACGCACAAGUGCAGCAAAUGUGACAAAGCUUAUAAAACCAGAGGAGCGCUGUACAGACAUGAGCGAGAUAUGCAUGGUAUACCAGUGGUCAGGAACCAUAGGUGCAGGAUAUGUCCCAUUCGCUUUGCCAAAAAGCUUGAGUGCUUGAAGCAUGAGAUGACACACAGAGAAUUCAAGGAUGUCGUAGGCACGCCGAAGAAGAGAGCUUGCAAGAUGAACAUAGAGCCUGAUAAAAGAAUAACACAGACAAAAAAUAUUGAUGAUAAUAUUGAAAAUAUUGGAAGAUCGAAUUCUGUUGGUGAAGAAAGAUUAUCCAUUCCUGAAGAAGAGGAAAUUCACAAUGCUAGCAAUAAAACCAGUAGGGACACUGAAAGGUUGCCCAUGCAGCCUCGUAAUCGGAAACCAAAGGCAAAGGCGAAGGGUAAACCCCAGGAACCCCAAGACAUGUUGGGUAAAGCGGCUGACUAUUACAUCAAACCUAGACCUUUCAAGUGUCGCUACUGCUCCAAGAGGUAUGUUGAUAAGACCAAAGCUUAUGAGCAUGAGAAGGAAGUCCACGAAGGAAAAGGAACGUACAAAUGCACAGACUGCGGAAGGAUGUUCAUGAACGAAGCCCGUUUCUUGGAUCAUGUCAAGAACCAUGAGCAACAUCGGUUGUACCGCUGCAAUCUCUGUGCUCGAUCCUUCGCCUCAGAGACUGCUUUGAACAACCAUCAAGGAGAACACAACGGUCUAAAACCUUACAAGUGUGACCUCUGUGGACGUGGCUUCCGCGUCAAGAACGCCGUCUACCAGCACAAGAGACGUAUGCACCAGACACGGCAAAUGCGCUUCUUCUGCACUGUCUGCAACAAGGGCUUCCCCGACAAAGGUGGCCUGACCAAGCAUGAGAGACGCCACAAGGGUAUCCGCCCUUUUGUGUGCCUGGUGUGCGGGAAAGGAUUCACUGUGAAGCAUAGCUUACAGGUUCACAUGCAGAGUAUGCAUGAAGAGAAGAGACCCUUCACCUGUCACAUCUGCUUGAAGACAUUCUCCUUGAAUCAUAGCUUUACGUCUCACAUGUUCAGGCACAAGAUACAGGGUGGGGAACCUUCAGAACAAUCCCAACAACAACAGCAAUCUUAGAGGAAUGGCAGUUUAACCCUAAAAGAACUGGGGGGCAUGACGGCCCCCUCAACGCUUCGUGCGAUAUUUCCGAAACGCAAAAAGUUAGCGCCCACAAAUUUUAUGACUUUUUUCUUUGAAGUCUCGCGCAACUUUUGAGACCAAAUUCGCGACAUUCGGGUAUAGCAUAGCGACGUCAUUGGACUUUUUACGAGGCAAUGUCAUGCCGAAAAUGGCUCAUUUUUAUACUUUGUGUACAAAGUCUAUGGGAGAUGAAAUUCAUAAAAGGGUGAUUAUUUUUCAUUCUAAUCGGUUUGCUUAAUUAAUUUAGGGUUUUAUUUAGUUGUUAAAUGGUCUGUAAUAAUUUCCAUUGAAAAACAAAAGAUGAAAAAACAAAGAAAUAAGAAAAUAUUGGCUUUCGCAAUUUUUCUUUAUGGAAACCUUUAAAUUAGAUUAAAAAGAUGAGAUCUGCAAAAAAAAGAAGAAAAUUUGAAGUGAAAUUGGGUGUUAGAAAUGCAAAUAAUGUUUUUCAUGAAUAAAUUUGCAUAUUUUAUUCAUAAUUUAUUUUCGGAUUUUUAUUUAUACCAUCUUGUAGGUUAUGUGGUAAGGAAUGUGUGUGCCAAAUUUCGGCGCGAUCGUUUGAACGGCGGCCGAGAUCAGAAGGGGGGCCAUCAUGCCCCCCCCCCCCAGUCCUCAUUUGAUCUCAAAUAGCCCAGUCCUUAUAGGGUUAAAUAACCUAUUGCUAUUAUGUCUAUGGCGAUUUUAAGAUUAUAUUUUAUUGAACAAGAUAAUGAUAGGACUAGAAACUUGUUUUGAGCAAUCACAUUAUAGUGCAAUAACUUUGCAAUGUUGCUUCAGGCCUACACGUCUUGAUGCCAUUUUAAUACUAUGUCAAUUAGAAAAAUCACACAAAAUAUUUUUUCCAUAUAUUAGAUCAACAUUGAUCUAUUUUGUCUUUACAUUUACUUUGUGAUACCAAACUUCACUCUUAAUGAAUAAUAGAAAUGUCUCCAUUGAAUUUGAAAAGGGAGUAGUUUGUCUUUUGUGUGUGCUUACUCAUGCAUAACUGUUUUUUUUCUUUGGUUGAAUUUUUUGGCAAAGUUUAGUGGUAGGUAAGGAAACAAAAGAAAUAAAGAGGGGGGGUGGGACCCCAGUGUCCACACGCAUUGUUAAAGGACAAGUCCACCCCACCAAAAAGUUUAUUUGAAUAAAAGGAGAAAAAUCCAACAAGCAAAACACUGAAAAUUUCAUCAAAAUCGGAUGUAAAAUAAGAAAGUUAUGACAUUUUAAACUUUUCCUUAAUUUCACAAAAACAGUUAUAUACACAUCCUGGAAGGUAUGCAAAUUGGCAGACUGAUGAUGUCACCCACUCACUAUUUCUUUUGUAUUUCAUUAUAUGAAAUAUGAAAAAUUCUAAUUUUCUCCCCAUUGUCGUGUGAAACAAAAUUUUAUUACUCCCUGAACAUGUGGAAUUACCAUUAUUUUAACAGUUUAUGGUUAAGUCAAGUUGGUCCUUGUUGUCAAAUCUGUAAAAAUUGAAAUAUUGUAUAAUUCAAACAAUAAAAAACAAAAGAAAUAGUGAGUGAUGGACAUCAUCGACUCUCUCAUUUGCAUAUCGCUGAGUUGUGCGUUUAA